AUGCAUGCUUGUCCUUCACUCCUUCUGUCUGCGCAGAUUAUUUUGCCUGGGUUCAUGCAACAGAUCGUCAACUGCCGCGACGCCAUCGCCCAGGAGUAUCUGAUGGAGUGUAUCAUACAGGUGUUCCCAGACGAGUUCCAUCUACGCUCGCUGUCUGUUUUCUUAGACGGGUGUGCUCAGCUACAGCCGAAAGUCAAUGCUAAGACUAUCCUCAACAGCCUGAUCGACCGCUUAGCUACAUAUGCUCUCACAGACGCCGCCCAGGUGCCCACUGACGUCCAACUAUUCGACGUGUUCUCGAGACAUGUGUCAGAUCUCAUUAAUG